AUGCUCACGCGGCAACCGGCCUACGCCAGUCUCACCCGACAGCGCGAUAUCCGCGCGAACCUCAUCGAAGCGAAGGAGGAGGAGGGGGAGGAGCUGACGAUGGUGAAAAUCUCCCGCGUGCAGGGCUGCCGCCCGCCGAGUAGGUUGCCGCCGCGACUGCGCAUGCUCUGCCGCCGCGCGCUGUCCUUUUCGAAGGACAACCCAAAUCUUACCCAUCCGAUCGCGUGGACGGACGAGAACGUAAUGCGCCUCCAGGACCUGGGAAGCGAUACAAGCGAGAGGGUCGGGGGGACUCUUGAGGAAAGUGCUUCGUCGCUAAACCCACUCACCCUGCAGGAGUUUUGUGAGCAACUACGGCUGCAACUGGUGGAGUUAGAAUCCUCACCGGAUAUGUAUUUUUCGAAUUCGCCUUUAAACGAUUCAAGCAUUUACGGGGACGAGGAAAGCAACGCAACUUUUCAGGUGGAGAUAAAUCCUAUUCACGGGGAUACCCCUUUAAGCGCCAGUAUGCUCGAUGACUACGGUGAGGAAGAUUAA